AUGAAACUCAACCGAGAACAUUUUCGCGCCAUAAUUUAUUACAACUUUCAGAGACAAUUAUCGCAACAAGAAUGCCUUUACUCGCCACACCAGUCGACAAUUUUCCGUUGGUAUGAAGAAUUCAAACGUGGACGGGUGAGUCUUAGCGACGAUCCCAGGGUGGAUGCUCCAAAAACGGCAGUCAUCCAGGAAAACGUCGAUGCUAUUGAGGCGUCCUUGAAGAUCUCAAAGACCUCAAUUCAAAGAAUUUUACAUGAAGAAUUGGGAGUAAGAAAAUUACGUUCUCGUUGGAUACCCCAGAAGCAGAAAGCAGCCAGGGUUAAUUGGUGUCAAAAAACGCUUGACCGUUUCAAUUCUGGAAACUCAAGAAAUGUGUACAGCAUUGCUGUUUGGGUGUUCCAAGGUGAAGAAAAGCCAACAAAAGUCAUCCAUUCUCGAAGUGUUUCGAAAAAGAUGGCCGUGACAUUUGUGUCACAAGCAGGUCAUAUUGCAGCAAUUCCUCUUAAUGAGCAAAGAACUCUUCGAAAAAUCAGCCCCCAAAGAAGAAUCAUCCUCCACCAAGACAAUGCAAGCUCGCACACAGCCCAAAAAACAAGGCAGUAUUUAACGGAAGAAAACGUGGAAUUAUUGGACCAUCCUCCAUAUAGUCCCGAUCUAAGUCCUAACGACUUCUUUACUUUCCCGAAAAUUAAAAACAGACUGCGUGGUCAAAGGUUCCAGUCACCAGAAGAAGCAGCUGACGCAUUCAAAAAUGCCGUUUUGGAUCUGCCAGCAAACGAGUGGAAUAAGUGCUUCGAAAAUUGGUUCGAGCACAUGCAGAUGUGUAUUAAUCUUCGUGGAGAAUACUUCUAA